UUGGACAAUCAGUUGGACGAUCAGUUGGUCGAUCAGUUGGACGAUCAGUUGGUCGACCAGUUGGACGAUCAGUUGGUCGAUCAGUUGGUCGAUCAGUGGGUCAACCACUUGGACGAUCAGUUGGUCGAUCAGUUGGUCGACCAGUUGGACGAUCAGUUGGUCGAUCAGUUGGUCGACCAGUUGGACGAUCAGUUGGUCGAUCAGUUGGUCGAUCAGUUGGUCGAUCGGUUGGUCGACCAGUUGGACGAUCAGUUGGUCGACCAGUUGGACGAUUAG